AUCUAAUUUUUUUCCCAUCUAACUCGCCUUUCUGUUGCAUUUUUCUUGUACUGGUUUGCUCCAUCGCUCCCGCACUGGUUCCCUCAAUACAUUUAUUUCAAUUGCCAAGAGCAUAAAAACUGUCUUGCCAUAUGUAGUGAAAACAAUCGCCAACAAGAACCUUCCCAUCCGUUUUGGGGGUUGCUUGGCGAGGCAAGCGAGCUUUUUUUUUUUUUUUUUUUCCAGCUUCGCUCCAAUUGUAUAGGUAGCCAUCUGCCGCCGAUAAAAAGUGCCAAGAUGGACGACUACAUGUUUCACCAACAUGUUCAGGAGUGCGAGAUUGUAACGGAGGCGACGAGUUAUUUAGAAAUCCUGAACUAUUCGGAUCCGAGUUACAACAUCAAUGAGGAAACCCGCGAUGCCGCUACUCUGGAUGAGUUUGAAAGUUUCAUCAAUCGCCAGGGAGUCUUUGAGCCGCCAAAACUAAAAGCGGGAGUCAAGUUGCUGAGCGCAAUACGGCUAGUCCUCCAAAAAGAUGCCCAGGACCCAGACACGUUCACGCCACGGCACAUCUCCCUCUCGGCCGACUACUACGAGAAGAUGGUGCGCGUCAUGCGGCUCCCCUUCCGCGCCAUCGAGGGCAGCUCGGUAGUCGGCCCCUUUUUCUGGUCCGCUAUGGACCAGGACGACGAGGACCCACACCUGCAGGUGAUAUUCCGGAAGUCGGACGUGCGCAAAAAGGGCAAGACCCGAGGCUGGGAGCUGAUGUUGUCGCACUCGUUCGCGACGGGCAUCACCAAUGGCUACGCCAAGGGGACGCCGUCGUCGGACCUGGUAAAGUGCGUCACGCACCUGCGCGCCUGCGCCGCCCAGGUCCGCCACCCCAUGCUCCUGCCCGUCAUCAUUAUCAGCCACGACCUGAGCGCGUCGACGGACCAGAAGCAGCGCGACGCCAGGGACUGGAUCCGCAGGCUCGAGGAGGCCAUCAGCAUGCGCGAGGAGGUCAUGGCCGACGAGACGUACGCCCGCUCCAGGCUCGGCCUCGAUCUCGACCAGCUCAACAGGGACCUCGUCGAGUGCCACUCCCAGGUCCUGUGGAAGAGACCGCAAGCCUACCUGCAGAUAAUCAAGACCAUGGAGGACGCCAUGCACAGGUUUCACACCCACAAGCUGCUACUGUCCCCGCCAUCCCCGCCAUCAUACGAACAGGAUGGUUCCGACCACGGCAGUCAAAGCGACCGCCACAGCAUCAAAGGCCACAGCUCCCAACAGCAGCAGCUUCACGACGGCGACCUCGACCGCCAGCACCGCAGCAUGCUCUCGCGCCUGGACUUUUACCGUGCCAAGCUCAACGGCGUCGAGCACUAUGCGCACACGACGCUGGCGCGGCUCAAGAUCCAGCGCGCCGCCCUGUACAACGUCAUUGCGCAAAAGGAGAGCAAACUCAACCUCGAGAUGGCCGGCCAGCAGCGCCGCCUGGCGCACGCCUCCAAGCGCGACAGCAACAGCAUGAAGACGCUGUCGCUGCUCGGUGCCAUUUUUUUGCCCGCCACGCUGCUCAGCUCCGUCUUUGGCAUGUCGUUUUUCGAUUUCAUGCCGCAGCAGGGCGAGCCCGUCGUCGCCGACACGCUGUGGAUCUUUUUCGCCACCUCGCUGCCGCUGACGGGCUUGAUCCUGCUCGUCUGGCUCGUUUGGGAGCGCAAGCGAGAAAAGGCGCACCGCGAGGAGGAUGACGACCUGGAGAAGGGCAUCGAUCGCAUGGAGGCACAGAUCAUGGACACGAUGCGCCGCCGCACCCUCAGCAAGGCCCGCACGUUCGAGUGGUCCGGCAACGGGAAGCCUCCGGGCCCGCCGCUGGGCAACGAUGUCGGGAGCAGAGUGUUGGUCGCCAAGGACACGCUCGACUUGGCCAAGGACAGGAUCAAGGACAAGAUCAAGGAGGCCCGAGACAAGGAAAAGGAAGGAUGAGCGACCGACUAAAGGACUGCAAGAAAAGGGACUAAGAAAACCUGCAAGACUGUUGAAAAUAUUGGAUAUAAGAUCUUCGAGGCAUACCAUUUAGCUAUUCCGUCUUUUUAUGAUGAUAUGACACGACAUAACCACCUAGAUACAAACAAACGUACAAAAACGAAGCAACGACCUUAUGAAUUAAUAAUUGAAACAGUAUCGUCAUCAU